UUUAGAUUGUUUUAUCAUAAUCAGUGGUAGUGGUAUAUAAAUAACUCCAAACUAUAUGUCUAUGUAGAUUGUUUUUUUAAGUUUUUGAGGAGCAAAAGAGGUACUGCGCCUCCGAAAACUUGACCACGAGAUGGAACCCGCCGCGGCCGCCGGAGAGUCCGAUUCUUCGCCGCCCCCGCCCCCGGAGGACCUUUCUACUGUAGAGCCUUCACCCUCCUCCUCGUCCUCCGCCACGGCCGUCGUUGCUCCCGAAACGCCUCCCCCUCCCGGGGCGCAGGCGGUCGCGGCGGCGAUGGAGGCGGUGGAGCGGGACGCGGCUGCCAUCGCCGAGAGCUACGCCUCCCUCUUCGCUUCACUCCGCGUCGCUCUAUCAAACGUCACCUCGACGUCGGCGGAGAACAUGGAGUGCUUGGGGGACGUCGUCGGCCGCUUGCAGGAAUCCGCACUUGAAGCAUCUUCGAAAGGAAAUAAGUACAUCAAUUCGUGCUUGAGGUUGAAUGAGGAAAUGAGAGGCUUGGAAAGCUUAGCUAUGCAACUGAAGAUUCUACGGAAGAAUGUUGAUUCACUAGAUUUGGCUGUCAGUCAAUUGCUUCGCCUUCCCUAGUCAAUGGAUACUAUCAAUGAAGUGCUUCAGGUUCUAAGGAAAUUGAUACACCAAAUAUAUGUCAUGUCUCAUGUUUUUUAGUUACAAGGCAACUGACUGCUGGAAAUAUGAAGUGGCUUAUAGCAACAGAGGACUGGACACUGGAGGACUUCCCCUUUUUAUGGCAUGAUAAAACACUACUAGUUCUUGAUUUGAUUUACGUUUCCAUCUUAUCUGUAUUUGUAAACAACACAUUUAUUGAAAACAUCUCUAUCUUCUUGUGAUGCGUGCAUGAAGUUUGUAUGUAAAAUGGGUCAUUGAGCCCAUGGACUAUCUCUGUAAAUUGGAGGGAAAUGGCAACAGAAGUUUUUCUGUAUCUUUGCUCUA